AUGAAGGCUGUUUUUCUAUCUGCCACAGCUCUGAUCGCUGCUGCCACCUAUUCGAAGGCCGCUGACUGCGACAUGAACAAAAUCGAAAGCCUUCUCUACCCAAAUGCCACCCAAGGCCUCGCAUCCUGCGCUAAUGCUACGGGUAUCGACAUCUUUGCAGUGAAUCAAUUUCCCACUUCGGAUCAAGUAGAAUUGCUAUCCGAGAAUGUAGUAUGUGCCAAUUAUUACAACCAAAUCAACCAAGUUGCCAAUGCUGAGAUCCAGUGUAAUGUCACGAUCGAAGGUGUACCCGUCAUUUUUGGCGGACUAAUUGCCGAUUUUCUCAUGGGUAAAACCGGAAACGAGACUGACGAAAAUAGCGGGUCGAUUGAGUUUCAGAGCGAGAGCGCAUCACAGUAUUCAGACCCAACCAACCAGGAUAGCUCGGCCGUCGAUUCUGACUCAAGGUCUAACACUCCCGAUGAUACUACUGAUAGCAGCGGGUCGUCACGUACGCAGCUGUUUUCCUUCUUUGCUUGCGGUCUAGCCACCGUCAUGAUGAUAGCUUACCAAUAA